GUGGAAUUAUUCGGCCUGUAGCCAAUCAGAAACAUUCUACUUUCGUUUUGAUGCAACAUGGAUGAAAUAAGCAAAUUAUCAUACGAGGGUAACUUUGAGCUUCUUAAAAUAAAACUGAGAGAGGAUAACAGCCUUGCCACGAAGCCAGAUAAUACACAGCGUGUGCCUUUACACUGGGCAGCUUCUGGUGGUCACACAGAAAUUGUAGAGUACCUUCUGUCUCUUAAUGUGCCAGUAGAUGCUAGGGAUGAGUCAAACUGGACACCUCUAAUGAUAGCAGCUUCAGCAGGUGGGACACAGAUAGUUGUAAUACUAUUGGCACAUGAUGCCCAGGUGAAUGCUGUGAACACGACAGGUCAUUGUGCGUUACACUAUGCUGCCUCAAAAGAUAGAUAUGAGAUUGCAGAGAAAUUGCUUGAGAAUGGUGCAGAUCCUAACAUUGGAGAUCGAUAUGAGAACACCCCUCUACAUCGUGCCGCAUCUAAAGGCCAUGUUAAACUAGUGAAAUUAUUACUACAAUAUCAUGUGGAUGUUAAUUACAAAGAUUCCAUUGGCAAUACACCAUUACAUUUAGCAUGUGAAGAGGAGCGGGCAGAAAUGGCAAGAUUGUUGAUAGAACAUGGAGCUUAUGUUACCAUCAUGAAUAAGGAAGAGAAAACACCUUUAGAUCUGGCACCACUAAAUUUGAGACGGACACUUCAGAAACACAGCGAGCAAGUUCAGAUAAUUCCAACAGACAGAUGAUGAUUUACUGUGAACAGUUUAUGCUCUUUUAUAUAGAAUUGAACAGAAAAAAAAUAGAUUCUACAACCAGACUUUAUAUUUUGAAGGGUGAAAAACUAUGAGUUGAAUGACGUUUUGAUUACUAGUUAAUGAUUUUUGCCAAACAUUCAAAUUUAUCCCUUAUUUCUGUUUGUUAAAUAACUAUCAAUGGUGUAGCCAGGUUUAUUUAAAACCUAUAAUGCAUUUUAUAGGAAGGUCUAAAGUAUUAACAAGAGUGAAUCCAUUUUGAAUUACAUGUAAUAUGAUUGUUUACAGUUUAACUUGUGCUGAUACAUAGCAACAGGAAACACGGAACAAACAGAAUGUACAUACAUAUUUAGAGGAGUGAUACAUUCUGGCAUUUCGUUGUUUAAUUAUUUAAAGGAAAACCGGCCUUUGGCAAAAUUAGAAACUGGUCCCAAACAUGAAUAAGUAAAUGUCAAUUAAUACUGAAAUAAUACUAAAAAAAAGAUAUGUUUUGUUUAA